CUAUGGGUACACUUUUUCGUACAAGACGUUUGGGAUCGACGAGGAUGUGCCGUUUCGUGAGUUCCCGGCGUGGUUGGUCCCGCUGAUUCCGCUUCUGCCGCCGAGGGACGAGGAUGGUGGUGUGGAAGAAAGUGAAGAGCAGCAAGAGGAGGAGGAAGAGGAAGAGGGGGAGAUGGUGGAGGGAGACAGCAACGAUGAUAGUAAAGAGUCCACAGCGGCGGCUGAGCAAGGCCAAGCAUCAGCCAGGAAGGGCCAACUGUAUAAUGCGUGCAAUGGGCAACAAGAAGCCAAGAUCAACGACCAUCAAGGUCAACACUGCAGCCUUGAAGAAGAGGAAGGCGAUGAUGGCACUACAAGCCACCGUCCGCCACGCCAAAGCACAGCCCGGCGACAAAGACGACGACGACCACGACGACGAGACGAACGGCAGCAGCGGCACGCCAGCCUCGGCGGACGCCCGCCAGAUCAGGUCUGUCUGCAGUACUACCCUCCGGGCACGGGCAUCCCGCCACACGUCGACACGCACAGCACAUAUGACGAGCUGUAUGCGCUGUCCCUGAGUGCGCCAGUGCUGAUGCAGUUCCGGCUCGACGGGGUACUCUCCAGUAGAGACAAUAACGACAACAACGACAACAACAACAACACCAAGAAGCACGGGCGGAACGGUGCCCUGGACUGCUCGCCAGUUGAUGAGGCGGCGGGCUACACAGCACCGCUACCAGAGUUGCCACCAAAAGCCCAGAGGCCGCAGGUCGAGGUAGACCUCUUGCCGCGCAGCAUGCUCGAGAUGUCGGGAGACAGCAGGCUGCACUGGACGCAUGGCAUCAAGCCGCGCAAGACGGACACGCUAAAGGGCAGCGGCGGGCAGGGUACGGGAGGAGGCGAUGAUGGCAGCGACGGCAUGGUUGUUGUCAGGCCGAGGGGCGAGCGGUGGAGUAUCACGUACCGCUGGCUGCGCGAGGAGACGCCCGCUGCUGCUACUAAUGCUGCUGCUGCUGCUGCCGGACCCAGCCUUGAGUCCAAGUCUGGGUCUGAGUCUGGGUCUAAUACGUCCACGGCCGCCGACGCUCCCGAUGACCAGAAUGCAAACAUGAAGCCGGUCAUGGUUCGCGAGUGCGAGUGCGGCGACAUUCUACUCUGCGACACGGCCCAGCGCCGCAGGGGCCAGGAGCGCGAGUAUCGCUGGAAACAGUACGAUGCUGCUUCUCCUGCUGCUACUGCUUCUCCUGCUCCUGCUGCUCCUGCUGCAAGUCCCUUCACCGCCACUUCUUAAGUUGGUAGUCGUUGCUCUUUCGAAGAGCAACGCGACACCUUGGGUAGAUCGCGAGGCUACUGAGUGCUCCUGCUGCUUCUGCUCCUUCCCCUUGGCUUCAAUCAGUGGCACACGUCGUGGAUGUAUCUACAGAACACAAACACAGUCAUGGAAAGGACUAGCCCCGGUCUGAUAUAGAUCGGACACAGAAUGUUCCCUCAAGCAAAGCGGUGUUGGCCAAGGACAAAGCUGCAGUUGACGCCUUUGUUCUGUGAGAGAUUGAUAGAUAAGCAGUGCCGGCUUGCAAUAAUCGUGCGAGCGGGCUUGGAAGCUCAUGUUAGCUAUCAACAUUCUUUGGCGACUUUCUUUGCAGACCGACUGGCAGUACUUCUGUGUCGACCGCAAGCUAAGCCAUACACAGCGGAUCAUUUCCAAGGCAAAGACACGCGAUUCUUGCACAAAUCUGCAAUGUGCAGAAGAUAUGGUCCAAGCCAGAACCUGUGAGCCAG